GCCUCUUGUACUGGGUCAUACAGUCUGGCAAUGAUUACCUGUGUCAGAAGAUGUUACAGAAACAGGAACUGUCACAGGUACAUGUCGGUGAGGAACUAGCUUGUUGUAUCAGACUACGUGACACCAAAUCCUUCCUGUAUCUACGGCAGCAGCUGCUGGGUCUACAGAUGGGAGAUAUCACAUAUACACCAAACUAUACAGAUGCUGAUGGAAACUCUCUUCUUAUGAUGGCUGUGGACAGGAAUAAUGCCAACAUGGUCAACAUCUUACUGAAAGAUGAUGCAGAGUGUCUGAUCAAGAACAAAGUCGGAAAUUCUGCCCUCCAUCUGGCCUCGUUGAGGGGAUAUACAGAUGUUGCCAAGUUACUGCUUCCCCACAUGGAGGUCUGGAAGAAUCUGCCAGGACAGGACUUGAGAACACCAGUCAUGAUGGCUGCCCUGAAAGGUCUUGGUCAGCUGUAUGAGUAUCUGGCAGAUGAAGGGAAGUGUGAUCUGACUGGUGUUGAUGAUAACGGUGAUACUAUCCUACAUCUGGCAUGUCAGGGCGGUAGUGUCCAGAUUGUCAAAAAUCUGGUAUCCAGUAAGCUGUGUGACAUCAACCACAGAGGCCAGUAUGGAAAGACACCUCUGAUGAUUGCGGCAUGCAGAGGCCACAGAGAUGUGUUUCAGUUACUUCUAUCACAGAACUUUCAAAUCUCUCCUGCGGACUUCAGCAUGUCUGAGACACUCUCUUAUGGACAUGUUGGUGACUGCCUGAACAUGUCACAGUUUCUACGAGCAAGGGAACAUGGCCUGAAUAGGUUCAUGAUGACACAAAAGAAACAUUAUAUCUCAAAAUUGAAAUCACACCUAGAGGAGAAAGGAUCGAGCAUGUUACUUGUGGAUGUGAGUGGUCUGAGUCUGCUUCACACAGCAGCAGAAACAGGGAACCUGGAGCUGGCAGAGUUCCUCCUGUCAAAGGGCAAGGUCAACAUCAACACAAGGGAUGACAGCGGGAGGACUCAAGUGAUGUUAGCAGCAGCUGCAGGACAAAGAAUCAUGUUUGAGUUUCUAACUAAAAACCAGUGUGACUUGUCAUUAAAGGAUACAGAGUCACGUGGAGUUCUUCACUACGCCAGUCAAGGGGGAAACUUCGGCAUUGUACAGGGUGUGGGAUAUCAGGAUGUAAACGAGACAGACAUAUGUAAUAAAACCCCUGUGUCGAAUUGUGUAGAGAGAGGACAUAAACACAUUUUUGACACAUUGUUGAACACAGGAGGAGAUCUGUCAGUUUUAGACACUGACAAGAACACACUGCUACAUCUGGCAUCCAAGGGAGGUAACCAGGCUAUAGUGGAGCAUCUCCUGUCAUCAGGGAUGUUUGACAUAAAUGCUGUGAACAGAGACAGGAGAACACCCCUGCUGGUGGCAGCGUACAAUGGACACACAGACAUCUGUCAGCACCUGAUUGUUGCUGGAGCUGAUCUACACAGACAGGACUAUAAUGGGAAUGAUGUGGUACUUGUUGCUGCUCAGACAGGGAAUCUCCAGCUGGCUGAGUACGUUUUGUCUGUGAAGAAACGAGUUGACUUUGUACAGGACAAACAUGGGAAAACAGCAGCAACGUGGGCAGCGGAGAGGGGUGAUGCUGACAUGUUUUCUCUGAUGAGUAAAGGGUGUGAUCUCUCUGUGAAGGAUGACAAACAAAGCAGCAUCCUUCAUUUCGCUUGCAUAGGAGGUAAUGUAGAUAUAGUAGAAUCUAUUGUUGCACAAAACAAAGUCGACUUCAAUGGUAGAAACAGAUCUCAAGAGACACCAGUGAUGCUGGCAGCAUUGACGGGUCACAAGGCAGUGUUUGACCUACUUGUGAGUAAAGGAUGUGACCUGACAGUGAAGGAUUUGUGUGGUGACAACAUCCUUCAUAAGGCUUGUGAUGGAGGCAAUGUAGAGGUUGUAGAGUACAUUGUCUCUCAUAACAUAGUAGACAUCAACAGUACAGGUGAUGACAGGAGAACACCAGUGAUGUACGCAGUGUCAAAGGGACACAAGGCAGUGUUUGACCUACUUGUGAGUAAAGGAUGUGACCUGACCGUGAAGGAUAAGUAUGGUGACAACAUGCUUCAUAAGGCUUGUGAUGGAGGCAAUGUAGAGGUUGUAGAGUACAUUGUCUCACAUGACAUAGUUGACAUCAACAGUAGAGGUGAUGACAGGAAACCACCAGUGUUGGGGGCAGCGUUAAAUGACUGUACAUUUCCACGUAUGACAAAAAGUGUAUAUCCCGAGUUACUUUGUAUAUCUUGUGUUACGUUGUCUUUCCAUUGUAUAUCCAGUAUUACAUAG